AUUUGGUGCAGGGUGAAAAAAAGGAACACGCGCGUUCACCUUGGAGCGACGCAGCAGGGUAGACGAUCUGAACCUCUCCAAUGCGCGCGACACUCUCGGGAAUAUUGCUCCUCGGAUUUGUGACGCUCGCGCACGCCGAGAAUAGUGUACCUAAUGAGAAUCCCAGAUGCACCUGCAGUGGAGUCAAAGGCGAAAAGGGCGAGCAAGGUUUUCCAGGUCAGAUUGGAUCAACAGGGGAAGAUGGAGAUCCAGGAGAUGAAGGCCAACCUGGACCCAUGGGCCCUAUGGGUGAAACAGGACUACCAGGUUUACCCGGACCUAAAGGCUCACAGGGACUCCCUGGAAAGCAAGGACCCCGUGGUUUUUCAGGAGCACAUGGACACCCAGGAGACGAAGGGCCUCGGGGAGAACCUGGUAGCCCAGGAUGCAAUGGCACAAAGGGUGACCGUGGUUACCCUGGAACUCCAGGAAAUUGCGGACUUGUCGGCUUACAGGGUGAAGAAGGUCCCGCUGGCCCUAGGGGGGACACGUGCUACUUCCCUUUUCCUAAAGAUUUGAAGGGGAGAAAAGGUCCACCAGGUAGAGAUGGGGUGAAGGGUAAACCUGGACCUCCAGGUGACUAUGGACCACGUGGACCAAUGGGAUGUGUGGGACCUAGUGGAACACGAGGAUUUCCUGGCCACCCAGGAGAAAAGGGUCAAGAAGGAAGAUCAUCAAUACCUGCCCCUCAGGGUCUAAAAGGGCUGAGAGGUAUUCCAGGAGUUACAGGGCCGAGGGGUAACAUUCAGUUUAUUACAGCACACAUAGAGCAAAAAGGAGAACCUGGAGAUCAGGGAGACUGCGGCAGCCCUGGAGCUCCUGGUCUGCCAGGGCCGUGUGGCCCUAAAGGACAGAAAGGCUGCAGAGGAGAUCCAGGACCUCUGGGGGAGUCUGGGCUGACUGGUCUUCAGGGAGAGUGCGGUCCUAAUGGUAUACCUGGGUUCAAAGGAGAUCCCGGGCCUCCUGGUCCCUUUGGUUUAAAGGGCGAAAAAGGUGACCGUGGUUGCACUGGUCCUUCAGGAGAAUGUAUUAUGAAUACACCUGUGAAAGGCAAAAGAGGAUAUAAGGGCUCAACUGGACCUCCUGGCCUUAAAGGUUUUCAAGGUAUAAGUGGCUUCCCUGGGUACUCAGGUGAUCCAGGACCAGGUAUGCCAGGAUGUCCUGGGAAUCCUGGCGCCCCAGGCAUUUGUGGAAUUAAGGGUGAAAAGGGCGAAAAAGCACCUUACGAUAUUGGCCCAAAGGGACCUGAUGGACCUCAGGGUAUAUGUGGAUGUUCUGGUGACCCAGGUCCUGAGGGACAGCCAGACUUUUAUAAACGUGAGGGUCCGACAGGGUUGAGGGGACCGAAAGGCAUGGAAGGGUAUACUGGUGAAACAGGAAAACCUGGAGAAAAAGGUGAUGAAGGAGACCUCUGCAGACUGUGCCUUCUAUUAGGCCCUAAAAAUGGACCUACAGGACCACCUGGUAUUCCUGGUGCACUUGGAGAACCAGGUCCUAAUGGAGAACCAGGUACCAGAGGAUCAAUGGGUAUUAAGGGGCAGCAAGGUGCACCUGGCAAUCCGGGUUUGCUUGGUCUUCCUGGCAAUCAAGGGCAGCAGGGACUAAAAGGAGAGCCUGGCUUUAUAGGACCUGGGGAUAAUGGGGACCAUGGUGACCCAGGAUUACAAGGAGAAACAGGGAGGAAUGGAAAUGAUGGGAUUCCAGGAAAGCCAGGAGUUAAAGGCCCAAAGGGAGAGAAGGGCAAUCCAGGUCCUUUUGGGCCUAAGGGUAAUCGGGGUGACCCUGGAUCAAAUGGAUUACCAGGAUUCCCUGGUGAAAUGGGAGUUCAGGGCUGCCCUGGUAUUGGAGCACCAGGGAAACAUGGUGAGAAGGGCUGCUUGGGUGUUCGUGGCCUGCCAGGCGAUCCUGGAGAUCCAGGUGUAAAAGGUGACCCUGGUUUGGUGUACAUAAUACCUGGAGACCCAGGGAAGUGUGGAACAAAGGGUCCUAAAGGUCUACCAGGGAUACCGGGGUGCCUGGGACCUAAAGGGUUAUGUGGGCGUCCAGGACCAUGUGGCAUAAAAGGCGAAAAUGGACCAUCACUACCAGGGUUACAAGGACUGCGUGGUUGUAAAGGUGAAAAAGGCUGUCAAGGUUCUCAGGGUCCUUCUGGCAUUGGGUUCCCUGGUUGCCCAGGACCUAUAGGGCAAUGUGGAAUACCAGGGUUAAAGGGUAAUAAUGGUACUGGCCCUCCAGGGUGCCCAGGCAGGAGAGGUCCUUCAGGAGACGAUGGGGCACUUGGGCCUACUGGUGAAACAGGUAGUCCAGGAAGCCCUGGAGUUUUUGGACAGCCAGGGAGAGAUGGAUGCCCAGGGCCUAAGGGUGACACAGGAUGUGAUGGACCAGCAGGGGUGACUGGUCCAGCAGGAGUCUGUGUUCUUGGGUGGCUAGGUGAAAAAGGAGUCCAAGGUCAGAAAGGAAUGCCUGGAAUAUCAGGAUGUCUGGGUGAGAAAGGUAUGAAUGGUGAGCCUGGAUGUCAGGGGCAAGGUUUACCUGGUUGCCCUGGCCCAUUUGGGACACCCGGUUUUAAUGGAGAACCUGGUCCACCUGGUCCAGCUGGUCAAUGCGGACUGAAGGGGAAGAAUGGCAUGCCUGGCUUCACAGGUUCAAGGGGGAACGAUGGGCCUCCUGGGAACCCCGGUUGUCCUGGACCUCCUGGAAAGCCUGGAUGUCCUGGACCACCUGGCCCUAAAGGUUGUGCAGGCAGUGAUGGACAACCAGGUUGCAAAGGUCCACAAGGCUUGAAAGGGGAACCGGGGGAUCCAGGUCCUAAAGGAGAACCACAAAAUUUCUACAAUCCUGGGGACCCAGGAGACCCUGGAAAUAUAGGUCCUCCUGGUCUGAGUGGGCUUAAAGGGGACAAAGGAGUCCAGGGACCACCUGGCAGCUGUGGGAAACAUGGAUUAGAAGGUUCUGCUGGACCACCAGGUCCUCCUGGAGAUAAUGGUAUGGAAGGCUCUCCAGGUAAACCUGGUACUUGUGGCUGUGUUGGAGAAGAAGGAUCUAUGGGACCAACAGGGUCCAAAGGUGAGAAGGGGGAACCUGGUAAAUCUGGAUCUCCAGGCGACCCGGGUACUACAGGAGCAAAUGGCCCAAAAGGGAAAAAAGGUGAACCAAGUUUUCCUGGACAAGGAGACCAAGGACGCCCUGGAGAAAAGGGUGAACCAGGUAUUCAUGGCUUAAAAGGAAAGAAAGGAGAAAGAGGAAUGUCUGGCCCUGCUGGUGCUUCAGGAUCCGAAGGGCCGCAUGGACCACCUGGAGAUAAAGGACUACCAGGACUACCAGGCACUUUUCCUUAUAGUGAACUCUUUCUCUUUGUCUCAGGACCCCCAGGAUUGCAUGGUGAAAAAGGUUCUGAGGGACAACCAGGUCCUCCAGGUUCUGUGGGAACAAUAGGACCACCAGGUAGUUCUGGGUCACCGGGCAAUCCAGGGCCUCAAGGUCUCAAAGGAAACCAGGGCAUGGAUGGUAUUCCCGGACUCCCAGGAGAAAAAGGGAAUGCAGGAGUUCCUGGAUAUGGAGCUCCAGGGCCAGCUGGUGCCAGGGGCAAAUCAGGUGCUAAAGGGGAAGCAGGACCCAUGGGAGAAAUUGGACCUCCAGGGCAGUGUGGUCCAGUGGGAGACCCAGGACCUUAUGGUGUCAUAGGGCUACCAGGACCCCCUGGGAAUGCUGGUGCACAGGGUUUGUGUGUGGAUGGACCUAAAGGAGAUAGAGGACCUCCAGGAGAUCCAGGACCACCAGGGCCCAUGGGGAUAUUUGGUCCCCCAGGACCACCUGGCCUAGGGUUAAAGGGAGAAAAGGGCAACACUGGGAUUUCUGGAGCACCGGGAGUGAGUGGUUAUCCAGGAGACACUGGCCUACAAGGGUUUAAAGGAAAUCCCGGGAAUGCUGGUUACACUGGUGAGAAAGGACACAGAGGACUAAAGGGUGAAACUGGACCUCAAGGCCAAAGAGGAACAGAUGGACCAUAUGGACCACCAGGUCCUGUAGGAUUAAAAGGGCAAACAGGAGCACCAGGUAUGCCAGGGGAAGUUGCUUAUUACCAAAACAUAAUUUUGUCCGGAGACCGUGGUCUGCCUGGACCUCCAGGACAACAAGGACCUCCUGGAAUACCCGGUCAACAAGGACUUCCAGGGCGAGCAGGAAUCCCUGGCCCUAAAGGACUCCCUGGCCGAGACGGUCUCAACGGUGCUGGUGGUUUUCCUGGACCGAAAGGGGAUCAGGGACUAACAGGACUCCCAGGAGCUCCGGGUUUUAUUGGUGCUGAUGGACAGAAGGGUUCUAGAGGACCACCAGGAAAAUCGGGAUGCAAAUCCAAUAAUGCCAGAGACAGCUUCCUGUUCACCAAACACAGCCAGACACAAAACAUCCCUUACUGCCCUGAAGGGUCCAGUGAAGUCUACUCUGGCUACUCACUCCUUUUUAUCAACGGAAAUAACCGAGGACAUGGCCAAGAUCUCGGCACUAUGGGAAGCUGUCUUCAGAUGUUCUCCACCAUGCCCUUCCUCUUCUGUAACGUGGACAGUACCUGUCGCUAUGCCUCCCGAAACGACUAUUCCUACUGGCUGUCCACUGACACACACAUGCCCAGUAACAUGCCCUUUAUCACAGGUGAUUCACUGGCACAGUAUGUUAGCAGGUGUUCAGUAUGUGAAGCUCCAGGUAACGUAAUAGCGCUUCACAGCCAGAACAACACAAUCCCAUCGUGUCCCUUCGGAUGGCAGCCUUUGUGGCAAGGCUACUCUUUUGUCAUGCAAACGGGUGUGGGAUCUGAAGGCUCCGGACAGCCCCUGUCCUCUCCUGGCUCCUGUCUGGAGAAUUUCCAGAGGAUUCCCUUUAUCGAGUGUCACGGCCGCGGGACUUGUAACUACUACUCAGAUUCCUACAGCUACUGGCUGGCUGCUCUGGAUCCUAGCUGGAUGUUCAGUAAACCAGCAUCAUGGAUACUAAAUGACAAUGAGCCGAGCCUCAUCAGUCGCUGUCAGGUGUGUAUGAAGCGUCAGGUGUGUAGUCAGACAUCCUGAACCUCAGGGACUGAUGAUCCAGCCGAUGUGGAGAUGGAUUGGUUUGUUCCCAUCACGCUCUGAAUCCUACUGCUUGAGAUCUUCAAGAUGGUUUUCCGAGGAUUGACAACAAACUUUUCACAAACUUUUUUAAUUUUUCAUUUUGAACCAAGCAGUAUUGAUGAACAAAAUAUAACAUUUAAAUUUCUUGGACAAGCGAGAGAGGGAGAAAGACUGAACCAGUGCACUGUAUGGCCAAAUUUAUGUGGACAGCUGACCAUCACAAACUUUUUCCCAUUUUUCUUGCUGAUCUACUUGGUCACUGACUCACUCACUCACUGAUUCAUUUACUCACUAACCCACUUACUCACUGAUUCACUUAUUCACUGAUUCAUUUACUCACUAACCCACUUGCUCACUUAUUCACUGAUUCAUUUACUCACUAACCCAUUCGCUCACUGACCCACUCGCUCACUGACUCACUCACUAUCCCACUUGGUCACUGAUUCAAUCACUCACUGAUUCACUCACUCACUAAUCCAUUCGCUCACUGAUUCAUUCGCUCACUGAUUCACUUGUUCACUGAUUCAAUUGAAUUUAUUUGUAUAGCUCUUUUAAUAAUGGACAUUGUCUCAAAGCAGCUUUACAGAACAUGAAAAAUAUAGUACAAAUGGUUCAAGAUUAAUAUUACGCUCAUGUAUAAAUUUAUUUGUAUCAAUCCCUAAUCCCUAAUGAGCAAGCCUGAGGCGAUUGUGGCAAAGAAAAACUCAGUUAGAUGGUAAAAGGAUGAAACCUUGAGAGGAACCAGACUCAAAAGGGAACCCAUCCUCAUUUGGUUGACACCUGAGAUUGAGAAUUACCAUAAACACAGGAGAGUGUGAUCAUGAAUUAUUAUAAACACAGGAGAGUAUGAUUAUGAAUUAUUAUAAACACUGGAGAGUGUGAUAAUGAAUAAUGUCCUUUCCACAGUCAUAUACAGUCAGUUGGAGUUGUGUAACCAGGAGCUCCUGAGCAACUCAUAAACUAGCUCAACAUCUGAGUUCAUUAUAGAUUCAACACCAACUUAAAGCCUUCAAUACUCAAUAAUGGAGAUACUGCAUAUGUAGUACGUUUUUUAGUGUAUUGAUUAGGAGGUUGUUGUCCUCUAAGACCGCAUGGGGUUGGCAUCUUCUCUUCGAAUGCCCAAAUUCUUCAUGAAGCAGAAUCCAACUGGAGCUGGUACAUCUCUAGGUGCCUUAGGAUAGGUAGAAAAAGAGAAGUAAGUGGAAGCGUUGCUGCUGUUCAUAAUUUUUGCACGCACUAGAUGAUAAUGUGCUUUUAAUCAGAUGUACUAGAGCACAAGGUUAUGGGAUGUAUUAAGUGGAUGCCUGGCUAAAAAGAUAUAUCUUUCAUCUUCAUUUAAGCUAGGAGAGUGUGUCUGAGCCCUGAACACUGUCAGGAAGACUAUUCCAAAGUUUAGGAGGAAAAUACAAAACACUCUACCCCUUUUACUGGAUUUUCUGGGAACUAGCAGAAGUCCAGAGUUUUGUGAUCACAAAGAGAUUGACGGAUUGUAGAAGCUAGAAGACUGGUUAGAUACAUGGGAGCUAAACCAUUUAAAGCCUGUUAAGUAAGUGGGAAUAGUUUGUAAUUGACUCUUAACUUAACAGGUAGCCUGUGCAGGGAUAAUAAAGUUGGGGUUAUAUGAUCGUAUUUUCUUGACUUGGUAAGAACUCUGGUGACUGCAGUCUGGACUAACUGUAGCUUACUUAUUGAAGAUGCAGGACAACCACAUAUUAAUGCAUUACAAUAGUCCAGUCUGGAGGUCACGAAUGCGUAAACUAGCUUUUCGGCAUCAGAUACAGAUAUGAUGUUUCUAAGCUUGGCAAUGUUUCUUGGGUAGAAGAAUUUAAAAAUGAUUUUUAAAGGAGAAGUUGCUGUCUAAUGUUAUGCCCAGAUCUUUCACUGUCGAGCUAGUAGUAAUAGCACAUCCUUCUAAAUGCAGGUUGAAUUGUGACAGCAUCUGUGCACUGGUUUUUGGACCUAAAAGUAAUAUCCCUGUCUAAUCAGGAUUUAAUAAUAGAAAAUUAUCGGUCAUCCAAUCUUUUAUAUCUUAGACAAUUUAUCAACUAGGUAUCCUCAGCAUAACAAUGCCUUCUAUUGAUGUUACCCAAGGGAAGCAUGUAUAUUGAGAAAAGCAAAGGUCCUAAAACUGAACCUUGUGGGACCCCACUGAUGUACUUCUCCACUUAAAUCUACAAAAUGGUAUUGAUCAGACAGGUAGGAUCUAAACCAUUUUAAUGCCUGUCCCUUAAUACCUGUGUAAUUUUGUAAGCGAUCUAGGAGAAUAUUGAGAUGCAGCUUUGGGUUUAAAAAGGUUUCUUAAUAAGGGGCUUAAUAACUGCCAACUUGAGGGGUUUAAGGAUGUGAACUAAAGAUAACGAGGUGUUAAUAAUAUUGAGAAGAGUCUCUCCAGCUGUAUGUAUAACUCAUUCACUAACCCACUUACUAACCUCACUGAUUCAUUCACUCAAUGAUUCUAUAGAAGCCUAUAGAAAAUGAAUCAAUGAAAGAAAAAAAGAAUGAAAGAAAAUGAAAAUGAAUCUUAAUCUGACCAAUCAGAGUGCGGAACUCCGACACCUGCGUUUCUUGUUAUAGUUGCACUGUAGCUGUGCCGUGAUAAGGAGCAACCUACUCGCUCAGCAGGACUGGCUCUGUGUGUGUAGAGACAGCUAAAUAAAGUUUACAGAGUUCCUCCAUGUUUCAGGGCGGAGUUUUAAUGGGGUUUUGUUAAGAUUUUGUUGAGAUUUUUUCAGAUUUUGGUUUUUUGAUGGAUUGUUUAGUGGUUAUGGUGCUAAUUUCUCAGAUGGUUCUGGAUUUUGUCCUUUUCUAUCCUGUGUAAAGUGUAAAUGUAAACGUCUUGUUAUUUCUUUGCUAAAUAUAUUUUUCACUCUAAGGAUUAUUAGGAUCAUACUGAGCCACUUCUUUAGAGUUCGUCUAUAAGAUAAAAUGCAAUUUAAUUGUAUGUUUACUUCAUUGCUGUUUUAUGUGUAUACUGCAACUCUCAUGCAUUUACUACAUAUACUACAUCAUGUUUGCCACUGCCCAUUAACAUUGCAACAAAUUUUUAGCAUCCAAACAUUUGCUUAGAUAACUCUUAAUUACUAAUCACAAUAACUCCUGCUAUCAGUAAUUUAAAUACAUAGAAUAAAAAUAAAAUAAAAAGCUGGCAUAAAAACAACCAUAAACUUUAAAACAUAGGUUACUGAAUUCAAGUUAUUGUCUGUGUUUUUGUGUGAAACUUUCUGUGUAACAUUACACUACUCUUAUUUAUGACUUUUUUUUACGUUGCUGUUUUGUAUGUUGUAUUUUUCUUAAACGUGCUGACUUUUUACUUUCUUACUUUCUUAUAAACGUGCUGACGUUGUAUGUAAAAAAUGUAAAU